AUGCACACGCUGUUCGGCGACCAAAACGCGUACUACCGGACCGGCAUGUACCCGGGCACGUCCAACCCGGCCGCGGCGUAUCCGGGCGCUUACGAACAGUACGCUCGGUACGGGUACAAUCCGGCGGCCGGUUACCAGGCGUCGCACCACCAUCACCAUCAUCACGCCGUGUCGGCGGCCGCGGCCGCGGCCAAGGACAUGGUCAAGCCGCCGUACUCGUACAUCGCUCUGAUAGCGAUGGCCAUCCAAAACGCGCCGGACAAACGGUGCACGCUGAACGGUAUUUACCAGUUCAUCAUGGAGCGAUUCCCGUACUACCGGGAGAACAAACAGGGCUGGCAGAACUCGAUCCGACACAACCUGAGCCUGAACGAGUGUUUCGUCAAGCAGCCGCGCGACGACAAGAAACCGGGCAAGGGCAGUUACUGGACGCUGGACCCGGAUUCGUACAACAUGUUCGACAACGGGUCGUACUUGCGACGCCGGAGACGGUUCAAGAAGAAAGACGCGCUCAAGGAGAAGGAAGAGGCGAUCAAGCGGCAACAGGAGCUAAUGUUGAAGAAGGUCACCGAGGAACAGUGCAAGUUGCUGUUACACGGCGCUGCUGCGAGCAAGGAGCUCAGUAUGCAAAUCGACUGCGGCAAACAGCUGAAAAAGGAACCGGGCGUACCGGCACCGUCGUCGCAUCAGUCGGCCAGUGCAGGGGACACGGCCGCACCGCCGACGUCCACGUCGAGUGGCCCGCCGCCUCCACCGCCGGCGUACCAUCAACACCACCAUCACCUCCAAUACAACGACAGCGACCACCAGGACGAUUCACCGUCGGCCGUCACCACCGCCGCCGGCGGCAACAACGGACACCACCUGCACCAUCACCAUCACAGGUACAUGACCACUACGGCCGUGGCGGCGGCGGCCGCGGCCGCUGCGGCCACCGGUGACCAUCACCACCACCAAAGCGACGAGUUCGCCUCGCACCACCACCAGUAUGUGGCAGCAGCGGCCGCCGCCGCGGCCGGACACCACCGGCCACCCGGCUGGUACAGCGCCGACCCGUCGGACUUUUUCGACGCUGUCGUUCCCAAUCCGGCCGUGGCCGCGGCCACCGCGGCCAGUUGCGGUUUUCGUAACUCUCAGCACGCCGGUCUCGGUAGUCACACGCAACUGCACAACUACUACCAGCAGCAGCAACAGCAACAGCAACCGCACGACGGCAAUUCGUCGAUCAAGUUUUCGUCACAACUGUAACGUGAGUAUUGUAUACACACUAAAUUUACUUCGUUAUAAUGAUUAUGAAUCGGAUUUGAAUGCUCUUGAAAAACGACCAAAAAAAUCUCGUGACUUUUUAAAAAACGGCGAAAACGGGAAAACAUUAAUUUUCAUUUCAUUUUCGAAAUAUUGUGCAUUAUGCAUACCUGUACGCGGAAUGCAUUGUCCACCAUUGAGCACACCGCAAAAAAGUGCGUUUAAAUCCGGUAUCAACAUUAUAUACUUAUUUAUGUAUAUUUUUAUUGUAUACUUAUUUAUUGUUAUACAUUCGUAUUGUUAUGAUCAUUGUUAUGUUUGUGCACUCAUAAUAUAAUGACCUAGUUAUAUUACAUUACAGUUGUGAGAUUUGUCUAUUUUCGACAAAACUGUAUCCAACUGAGUUAUACGUAAUAUAUUAUUUCAAUGAAAAUAUUUCGAAAUUCGUAGGUACGUAUAUAUUAAUAAACGCCCCAGGUAGACUCGUUCAAAUUUAAUCGGCAAUCCUUAAAUAUAUAAUAUUAUACAAUAAUAGAAAUUAUUUAAACGUGGGAUAAAAUAAUAAUUUUUUUUUUUUAUAUACAGUAACACAACUGUACGGACUUCAUUUGUUUUAUUCUCUGAGUCAUCUCAUUGAUGAACGCGUCAAUACACAAUAUACAACUCGCGUAUAUUGUACCGGUAAUUGUAAACUCGUGAAUCAGUAAUGAAUAAAAAGCUGGUAUUUAGAUUAAUACGAUUAACAAUAAUUGCAUUAUAGCGGUUUUAUCGUAAUUUUUUCCCUUCGAUUGUUUGAUAAAAAAAAAAAAAAUAAUAAUAAUAAUAGUUCAUUCACGUAAAUGACUUUUCGAACGACUAAUACAAUUACAUGUACAAUCAAAUAGUUUUUAUUUCACCUAGCAACACUAUAUUAUCGCAACAUUGUCGAGAUAAUGCCUAGCUUUAUAAUAUAAUCUAUGCAGCUGCGAUAAUGUCCGCUGUAACGGUAUUUUUAUUCAAUUUGCGACUUCUGUACGUUAAUGAUGAGUACAACCGCAGCGCUAACUACAAAUAUAUCAUAAACGGCACUCUGUCUACACUAUAGUAUAUAAACACAUUAACAGUUACUGAAUUCCCUGCAGUUCGUGAGUUUGUAAAUCAAAUAAUGCUACAAGUAAAAAUAAAUCAUUGCGAAUCUAAAAACAAUUAUUCCGAGUGGACUUAUGAUCACAAUAGUUUUACCCCCCCACAGAAAUCGAAAAAAAUAAAGUCUGAAAUUGGGAUCACAUAUACGGCCCAUGUAUGAAAAUCUAUCUUCAAAAUGUUUUCGUACUGUUAUCAACUGACCGCAUAAUAUUCCAUUCAAAAUUUCGUAUCUUCUAUUAUAGAUUUUGACCAAAAUUUAUAUACAUGAUAUAUAAUAAUAAUCAUCGUUUGUUGUAAAGUAGUUUUGUUUUUUAUUUUUCGGAAAAACUAUUUGCAAUCGUGACAAAUAUUUCCGUGGGUACAUUUCAUGGAUUUGUAAAAUUAAUAUACGUCACAAUAAUAUAUUACUUGUUCUAAAUACGUAAAAUAAAAAAGAAAACUUAUUUUACGUUUUGGCGAUUAAAAAAAAAAAACAAGUCUCCUCAUUGAUUGUACAUCCCGAGUCCACUCGCAUACCUACUAUAUACACUUCUCGUGAUCCAAUCGAAUGUUCGUCAACAUAGACGACACUUCUAAACGUCAUGUUACAAGUUACUGGAACCAUAGCGUCGAGCGAUACCAUAAAUUCGAUGUCGAUACCAAUACUCGAUUUUUGAUAUCGUUGUUUCAAAAUAAAUUAAAAAUAUAAAUAUAAAAAGUUAUGGCAACAUAUUUUGCUGUUUUUUUUUUUAUAUCUAACGGGCAAUGUAGCAAAAAUGUGUUUUCGUUCUUCUAAUGGUACUCGGGAUCCAACAGACCGGAAACAAAAACUAUUUCACUAAAUUGAUGAAAAAACAUUUACAAUAUACUUUUACGAACAAAUUUUUUGAUAUAUUCAUUGCAUAAUUUUCUAUUAAAAUAAAAUAUACAUAUUUUUUUAAUUUUUGAGUUCGAGUUUUUUGUCUUUUGUUUGGUGAAAUAAUUUCCGAUUUGGAUCUAUUAGAUUCUGAAUACUGUCGGAAAUCCGAAAACAAAAUAUAUUUUCAUUUUAUUGCCCAAUAGCCAGACAGAAACAUCAAACGUUUACUGUGACUCUUUAUGAAUUAUAUUAAUCAUAAAUAAAAUUAAUAUAAUUUAUUUUUAUAAUUUAGAUAUAAAAACGCAUUACAUAAAGUAUAAAAAAAAGACUGGGAGUAGUAUCACUGUUUUAUUAAAGAACUUAAAAUGGAAAAAUAUAUAUAGUUGCUAAUGCAAAGCGAUUUUGAACAGGUUUUAACAUUAGUUGUUUUUUUCCUUGUUGCCAAGGUAACCUGCAGAAAAUCAAUACAAAUUUUACAAAUAAUUUCCAAUUUUAUCUAUUUAUUACGAAAACUACAAGGAGAAUCAAAAAAUAUUUUCUUCAUACAUCAACAUGAAUCAAAAAUGCUACAUAAAAAUUCCCAUAAAGUUUUCGAUUGGAUCAAGAUUUCCGGUAGAAAAGUUGUUUACAGACAUACAGAUAAAAAAAACACAACAGAUAUUUAAUAUGUAUACCAUAUAUACAUAGUAAAACCAAUAUUAUAUUUCAUACUUCGCUCAGAAUCCAAAACUAAUUUAUUUAACAUCUUAUCUAUUUAAUCACGACGAGGUUACCGCGUUUUAUCAUUUAUCAUGUUAACAUACAAAAAUAUUGAAGUCUGUAUAGAAAAUUAACUAGAUUACGAUUUUCUAUAAUGUCGAAAGUAUCGAUUGGUCCAUCCCUAAUAUUAUAGAAAUAAAAGACAGUGCAGAAGCGGAAUAAUAAUAAUAUACAUCUUUGGUCCCCCUCAGGGAGAAGGAAGAAUCAGUUUUUCUUAUCAAAUUUUUCCUCUUUAUUGUUUAGUCUGAACGGCAUAAGAGUGUACACAUAUAUUAUCAAACGCGCUAUGUACUGAAAGUUAAAAUACCUUGAUGUCGCUACAUAAGACGAUGUACUUUUCUUGAACGUGUUUUUACCGUAUAUUUAUUGUACAUUGCAACUAUUAAGCCGUUUAACAAUCUUCUCAAAACACAAUUUGAUCUUGUUGAAAUCAUACUAAAUCAACUUCAAGUUGAGCCCUUCUUCCCAAGGACCAAAAAUCGUAUAGCAGCGUUUCUCAACCAUAGGGUCGUGACCCAAUUUCGGGUCACGGAUAAUUGCGAGUUGGUGGCUAAGAAAUUAAAACGUAGUUAAUAUAAUAUUUUUAUUAAAGACUAACUGUACGAAAUAGUUUUUAAAAUAAUUAAUGAAGCAUUUUUCGUAAAUUAUUUUUCUCGACAAAUAACAAGUAUUUAAUUCGUAAUUUUGAACGUUGGCCUUUCAACAUUAUAUAAUUAUACUUGAUCGGUUGACAUUCACGAAAACAAUUAAACUUAAUAGGUUGCUGACCCGCAUUUGUUUUGGUAUCAAUAUUCUUAACACUCGCCAAUUCCUCGUUUAAUCUUUUAAUGAAUGAUAAUAGUUUCUCUUAGUGAUAUAAUAUGGUCGUUGAAAAUCACAUAUUUUCAAUUAGGUCGCAUGAUGAUAAAUCGGAUGAAUAUCUUUGGCCGCCAAUACACAAAAGUUGAGAACCGCUGUUGUUAUGUUAUAGGUAUCACAUGAGUAUCAGACGGUGAUUGUACAUAAUAUUAUUAUACCGAUGUAUAUUAGAUAGACAUGUGUUGUAUGUUUCACAUUUCGUGUAUUUUGUGCAGCUCUUGUAAACAGAACGUACAUUAUAUAUAUACAUAUAAAUUAUAUUAUAAAUAUAAUACACAGGACGAAGACGACCGAGACGAACGACAACGACUGUGA